UGCGAACAGUUUUCAACAGCUUUAUAAGUCCAGAUGGCCCGAAUACAUUUCUACAACAGCCCGGCGAACACUGGAGGAAGCAAAAUGGAAUUCCCCACAAUUACUUCCAUUCACAGAAGAUGUUAAGCUCCUUCAUAUAUAUCUUGACGAGCAAGAGAAGACCCAUCGCAAACUCUUGUUAACACAGCCAUCAUCUCAGCACUGGGCAAAACUGGCCAAGAUCACGUUAACUCAGGUUAUGCUUUUCAAUCGUAGACGAGAAGGGGAAGUGUCACAAAUGCCAUUGUCUGCAUACAUCUCCAGCAACCAAUCGGAUGCUCAUCCAGAUAUUAGCAUGGCCCUCACAGAUUUAGAAAAUAAACUGUGUCAGUACUUCAAGCGUGUAGAAAUUAGAGGCAAAAGAGGCAGAAAGGUUCCCGUGCUUCUCACACCUUCCAUGCAAGAAUCAAUCAGCCUGCUUCUUGAAAAUCGGAAUACCUGUGGAAUUCCAAAUGAAAAUCCUUUUCUCUUUGCACGCCCGUAUGCAAUGACAUUUUUCAGAGGCUCUGAUUGCAUUCGCGAAUUUGCUGUUGCAUGUAGUGCAAAAAAUCCUCAGACUCUUACAUCAACAAAGUUGAGAAAACAGAUCGGGACACUUUCUGAAGUUCUUAAUCUUAGCAACACAGAGUUAGAUCAGUUGGCAGACUUUCUAGGCCAUGACAUUCGAGUUCAUCGUCAAUUUUACAGGUUACCUGAAGGCACCCUCCAACUGGCCAAAAUUAGUAAAAUUCUUCUGGCCCUCGAAAAAGGACGCUUGGCAGACUUUAAAGGGCGAAAUCUUAAUGAAAUCAACAUAGAUCCAGAAGAGGAAGUUACAGUGGACAGUGAUUUGGAGGAGUCCACUUCUAGUCCAAAAGGUAAUGAUUACAUAAUGUCAGUUUCAAUUUAUGUUUGCCUAAAUAAUGGGACAUCGGAUGCCCAUUUUCCGGAGUUGGACUGAUUCU